AGAAGAAGAAAAAGACGGUGUGUUUUCAAACGGCAAGAGGAGUUCCGCCGCUGUUUGAUACGAGGCGAACAUUUAUUGAAUUUGUUUGGUUUUUCUUUAUCAGUGAAUUAACCCGAUGGAUCUGGACACUGGAGCAUAUGAGCCUGGAUUUGUUGGAAUCCGUUUUUGUCAAGAAUGUAACAACAUGUUGUAUCCCAAAGAAGACAAGGAGAACCGCAUCCUCCUCUACGCAUGCAGGAACUGCGACUACCAACAAGAGGCAGACAACAGCUGCAUCUAUGUCAAUAAGAUCACCCACGAGGUUGAUGAGUUGACACAAAUCAUCGCUGAUGUGUCCCAGGAUCCAACGCUACCAAGAACAGAAGACCACCCCUGUCCCAAGUGUGGCCACAAGGAGGCAGUGUUCUUCCAGUCUCACAGUAUGAAAGCUGAGGACGCUAUGAGGCUGUACUAUGUGUGCACGGCCCCUCACUGCGGACACCGAUGGACAGAGUGAAGAUGGUGAUGAUGAAAAGCUCUGAUAUGCAUCUACAGCAUUGCUGUCGUCAAACAACAUCUUACCGGCCUGCAGCUAAAAACAGAUUUUAUUGUUUUGAUUCUGCAUCAGUCAGAAGGCCUAAUGGUCAAAUUACCCUAAAGAGUUCUAAAGAGGGGAGUCUAUUUCAUUUUUGGUGAGACAGCCCUGAGGAUAAUGACAGGUGUUGGACCUUAUUGUGUGAAUAUAAUGUAGUUAUUAUUUUUAAAUGAUGUCAUUUUAUUUUUUAGUGUCUGCUUUAUAAGAUUAAAAUGAUCAGCUGUUGUUAUAAA